UAGUGAUAAUUUAAGUCAUGGUCGACAUUUUGAUCACAAGGUUUACAUGAGCUUUAAUUUAAUAUUCAUAUUGUUUUCUUGUUUCACAAAUCACAGACGACUUGUGCUCAGUGUCGAGGGGGAUUUCUGUAGCUGCCAACGGUCUUCUCGAGAGGUGUCUUCAAAAAAGUGGGACUCGGGUGGAAAUGGCUUCUGCUGAAGUCACAUGACUUCUCACGCCACUUGUCGGGACUUCCAAACUGCUGUGGGGUCGUGGUCUCUGUACAUCUUCCUGGCUCUUCCGUGUCCUCUUCCAGCUGGACCUGUCCAGAAAACCUCCAAAGAAAGAUGACAGUUCUUCUGAGAAGAUGUUGAAACACAGCGUCCUGACUGGAAGCUGCUGCUUGACAACAGAGCUAAACUGGUAACUGAAAGGUCAUUCAGUGUCAUGUGACUUCAGAAGGUGCGUCCUCCUUCAAAAACCCUGCUUUGAUUUCUUGUCUUUUUAGGGAAUAGAUUAGAAUAACAAGUGAAAGUGAUGUUUUUGCUCGGGGAGGAAGGUGCAAAUGGUCUCGUCUGUAGCGUUGAAAUCAAGUGAACGUAUUUGGCCUGUCUCUGGAGAAUCCCACUCUGACCGGAGAGUGCCAUGUGUUCCAUUGUUGCUUUUUGUCCCCAGCACUGAGAGGCGGAGGGUGGUGGAGUGGCCGUCCCUCAGGUUGACCUUACAUUGGAACGCUGUUGAUUUGUGUGAUGGUGGGGGCUUCUCUUUGUGCAGUGGCCCAAGGCUUUUUCAAACAGCAGCCCGAACAUUUCAUGCCGAUGAACCUUGAGACCCUUCCUGUUAACAAUGACUGCAUUUCUAUCAAGAGUCAAGGCCUCACUGUCCCCUUCUUUCCGCACACAACGACAUCUUCACGGAUCCGGUCCAGACUCUUGGUCACGUGAGGGACGCGCGUUAAUUAGCGUCCGGAUGCGGCUGAAAGUAUUUAGAGGAGCAGGUGGGUGGAAGGCGGAGGAGACCUCCCGGGACUGGCAGAAUGGACGCGGAUCAGGCGCCUGUGUGUAGGUGAGCGCGGCGGGACUCGGCGGGCUCCGCGUCUCCUCGGACGGUUCGUGACCCCGCGCUGUGCGGCAGCGGCACGAGACGCGCUGUGUCCUGUGAAGCCCUGCUGACACGAGGACCGCAACCUUUGUCACUUCGAGCCACUCUUUCAGAUGCACUCAAACGGCGCUUUUCGUUCCAAAACAAUAGCCGUCUUCCAUGUGGGUUUGAGUUCGUGCACGGUUUUGGAGAUCAUCCGAGUUUGUUGGGUUUUUUUUGAAGGGUAAAUGCACUUUAUUCUUCCCACAGUGGGGAAAGUGUCUCAGCAGCCAAUGACACAGACACCGAGGCGAAUCUAAAACAUGGAGGCAGACAACAAAGAUCAGAGCAGAGUGACGCCCUCGAGGCUUUUUCAGGGUUAAAAGUGCAAAGUAGCAAUUGGGGUUUUAUUUUCUCUUCUUGACUUGAGUCAAGAGUUCAGGUUAGCCAUUUGUUUUAGAAGCUGAGCAAACCGACAGACGUUGGCUGACCACUUCCAAACAUGGCCUGCCACAGAGCGAGAGCCCUUUCGACCUCUUGCGACAGGCGUCGCCAGGGCACUGGGCCUUGUCAAAGACAUGCCGUCGCCCCAAGUUGUUCACUCUCAUCCCUAGUUUUUCUCCUUUUUUUCCUCUAACAAACAGCUGCCUGGAACUCCUGAAACCCUCCACUUGUCUUUCAGACAUUUUAUGAAUGGCUCCUGCAGAUUUGGUGACAGCUGUAACUAUCGCCAUGAACGGCCACGGUUGCCGGCCACCCAGGUCUGUCGCUACUUUCAGAAAGGCGGAUGCUGGUUUGGGGAGAGCUGCAGGUAUCGGCAUGUGGUCACGUGUGGUCCGGGAGCAGCAGGCAGUCCAGGGAGAAGUUCAGCCUCCCCUUCAGAGGCCGAGGCGGCCCACCCCCAGAGGGAACCUUAUCCAGACUCUUCAUCGCGCCUGUUGCUGGAAUCCAGCUCCGAAGGCACCAGCAACGCCAGAGUGGUCUCCUCCAGAGUGGAGGGUGCUGCUGCUGCAGCUCACACACAGAGCAUCAGCCAAGACGCUGUCCUCCAGAGUCGAGACCUGACCUGUGGAAUCUGCAUGGAAACGGUCUCUGAGAAGUUGGAUCCUCGACACCAGAUGUUUGGAAUACUGCCCAACUGCACUCACUCCUUCUGUCUCCAAUGCAUCAUGACCUGGAGGAAAACCAAAGACCUGGGCACAGAUGUUGUCAAAACCUGUCCUCAGUGCCGGGUCAGGUCUCCCUUCUAUGUGCCCAACAAGUACUGGGUGGAAGGAGCGGCCAAAGAGAGUUUGAUCGUCAGCUUCAAGAAGAAGUUCAGUCGGAAAAGCUGCAGUUACUAUGCGCGCUACAGAUGCUGCCCCUUCAAGACGGAGUGUCUCUACCGCCAUGACAAGAGGCUGCCCCACCGGACGCUGCAGUUCUCCUCUGACGACGAGGACGAAGACUUCUUCGACGGCAUCGAUUUGAUCAAUUUUGUCAUGAUGUCUCUGUUCGUCACCGACGAGGACCUGGACCUCUCCUCCUUUGACUCGGAGGACUUUGCUUGACACUGCCUCGGGUCUCGGUCGUUUGUGGCCGAUGCUCUUCUGGUGGACCUUUUUGUUUUUCGCCUUUUUAAAGACUUUUUAGCAUAAAAAAAAAACGGUACAGUAUUUUGGGCUGAUGUGUAGA